UUGAGCUUCCACCUCCGUCCCUCCCUCCCCCCCGAGCCGAACGGCGCAGCCACCGGGACGGACGCAGCUGGUCCCCGCGUCAUGGCCCGCGGCGGAUCAGGCGGCGGACACUUCGGCGAGCGCGUCCUCCCCGUUCGGGCAGCAGAGUGUGGAAGAGGAGAAGUGCCUGCCGCCGCUUCCUUCGCUCCUUACGCGCCGCAGGCGGUGUUGAGUUAAAGCGGAGGGGAAACGCACACGGUAAAACAAAAUUUACAAAAAAAGAAAAGAGGAAAAAAAGUGCGGACGGACAGAAACCGAGUGGAAGGACCCAUGCAGCCGAAUAUGCCGUUCCGUGGACUCUCCGGGCUGCUGAUCGGAACGCACCGAGCAGAGCUUUACGCACGGUCGUACAGCGGGACCGCAUGAAGGACGGAGGCGGAAAGAAAAGGGGAAAAGUUGAAUGCGGUAGCGGGGUUUGCGAUGGACAAAGGCUCGCCAAAGGUCUGUGGAUCCAAAUGUCACCCCCCCUGGACUCUGCCCUGGUCGGGGACCAGCAGUGUGUGACGGACAGGCGAGUGGAGCCUGCGGUGGCUCUCUUACUGCGUGGCUUCAAAUUGGCCCUGGCUGAGCUCUGCAUGGAGCAGCGAGUGAAGAGUCCUGCUAUGGUCUGAUGUCUCAGCAUGGAUGGAGUCAGUCAGAGGACUGGCCACCACUAAUGAGACCAUCGCUCUUCAGCUGAGGACUAGCAUUUACAGGAUUACUCCCACGGUUUCCUGCUCUUUCCCCAGCUAACUGCAUCAUUACCAAACUGUCCUAGGUGGACUUUUCGUGGCUCUGGUUUUUGGUGGAAUAUAUACGUCAUUGCCUUUCUGAUUUUCAGAUUUGUUUUUGGUUUUUUUUAUUGUUGGUUUCCAUUUUCCUGUUUUGUUUUUCCACUAUGGAGUUUCUGGCUGGACCCUGGAAUAAAGAUUGGGCUUCAUUCCUGCAGUUUUGGUUGACUGUCAUCCUGAGCCUCCAAAUGCAAUUCAGCCCGGGUGCCUCUUGCCCGGAGGAGUGUCGUUGUGACAAAUCGUUUGUGUACUGCAACGAACGCAGCCUGACAUCAGUGCCUCUGGGGAUGCAGGAGGGCUACAAGGUCCUCUACCUACACAACAACCAGAUCAACAAUGCUGGCUUCCCUGUGGAACUUCACAAUCUGGCCUCCGUGGAGACUGUGGUUCUCUAUGGCAACCAGCUGGAUGAAUUCCCCGUCAAUCUGCCCAAAAACACCAGGGUCCUGCAUCUCCAGGAGAACAAUAUCCAGACGAUCUCCAGGGCAGCCCUGGCCCAGCUGACUCAGCUGGAGGAGCUUCACCUGGAUGAUAACUCCAUCUCCACCGUGGGGGUGGAAGAAGGGGCCUUUAGGGAGGCGGUCAGCCUCAAACUCCUCUUCCUCACCAAGAACCACUUAAGCAGCGUUCCCAUUGGCCUUCCUGAGGACCUGAAGGAGCUGCGGUUGGAUGAGAACCGCAUUGCUGUCAUUGCAGAGGAGGCUUUCCAGAAUGUGACACGCCUGCAGCGCCUCCUGCUGGACGGGAACCUGCUGACGGACGAGGGCAUCGCUCCAGGUACCUUCCAGGACCUGGCCACCCUCCGUGAGCUGGCCCUGGCCCGCAACUCGCUCACCUUCCCUCCUCCCCUCCUGCCCAGCCAGUCGCUGGUCAAACUCAGCCUGCAGGAGAACCAGAUCGACCAGAUCCCUGUGGCGGCCUUCGCUGGUCUGAACAGGCUGGAAAAGCUGGACAUUUCCAACAACCAGCUUCAGACGCUGACGCAGGGCGUGUUCGAUGGCCUGUCGAGCCUGAAGCACCUAAUAGUGCGAAACAACCCGUGGCGCUGCGACUGUGCUGUGAAGUGGGUGGUGGUGUGGCUCAAGUCUCUGCCCUCCUCCAUCAACGCCCGAGGGUUCGUGUGUUCCAGUCCGGAGAAGGUGCGUGGCAUGACAAUCAGAGAGCUCACGCUGGAUAUUAUCGAGUGUCCCGUUCAUCCCGACCAGCCUCCCUGGCCCACCCUCCGCUCCACACCCCCUCCCCCACCCACCACCACCCCUGUCACCACCAUGAUCUCCACCCUCAUCACCACAUCCGUCCCUUACUACUUCGACUCCCCCUCCCCUCCUUUACCUCCAAUCCAUAACAACCCCCCUGGGCCCCUGCCUCCUUACGAGGACCCCCUUCAGAUCUCCUUCCAUGUGGUGAACUCCACCAGCAUCGAGGUGAGCUGGGCUUCGUAUUUCACCGUCACAGCCUACAAGGUCACUUGGGUCAAAAGGGGCCAAAGCCAAAUAAACGAAGGGAUGCGGGAGAGGACGGUGAGCGGGGACCGGCGGCACGUCAGCCUCACCAACCUGGAGCCGCGCUCAGUGUAUCGGAUCUGCGUGCACGUUCUGGACACCCUUAACUCCUACAGGCCCGGAGAGGAUACCGUUUGCUCCGAGGCCAGGACCAAGGCCCCUGCGUCUACUAAGCCUCCUGGCAGAGAACAAGCUCCUCAGGACAGCAUCAACUCGACGCUGCUAAUGGCCGGGAUCAUAGGCGGUGCGGUUCUUAUCAUCCUGGUAACGCUGCUCGGCCUGUUCUGCUGGCACAUGCACAGGAAGAGCCGGUCGUCUUCGACCAAGUGGAAAUACAACCGCGGCAGGAGAAAAGACGACUACUGCGAGGCUGGGACCAAGAAGGAUAACUCCAUUCUGGAGAUGACUGAGACCAGUUUCCAGAUAGUGGCGCUGAACAAUGAGCAGCUGCUCAAGGGAGAUUUCCGCAUUCAGCCCAUCUACACGCCCAACGGGGGCAUUGGAUUUAGAGACUGUCACCUCAGCAACAACAGCAUAGCCUACUGCAAGAGCAGCAACGUGCCCAGUACAGAGUUCUGCCACACGUGAUGCAGCAGCACACAGUACAGCGGCAAUCACACACACUCACACACACACACACACACACACACACACACACACACACCAGAAACACUCGCAUAAAGACACACACAUACACCGUUUGUGUAGACAACAAAAAUAUAAAAAUUCUAGUGAAAUAUAACUGUACUAUAUAUAUUUCCAAGUUCUGUCUAUGAUGUAAUUUAUACUGUGGAUAAUAAUGUGGGAUUCUCUGCUAUCUUUUUUAUUCCUAGAAGAAGAGAUACAAGUGUUUCUUUUUUUAUAACCAGCAGGGUUUUGAAAGUUGUUUUAAUGGUCAGUACUGUACAUGAACAUGGAUGUGUACAAUCACGGCACCCUGGGUGUAGCUUCUGACAAAAACACUGUCAGCCUUGGAAAUGUUUGGGGGGGCGCUUCAGAGGGCUGGGAUACUUUGCUAACCACAGAAGCAAAAAUAUGGCCUUUUUUUUGCGCUUUGAAACCCCGCACACCCGCCCCGGUACAACAGAACAGCGGUAAAAGACAACACAGCACAGGGGAAAUCCAAACACUGCUGAUUAGAGCGCUGUGGAAAUAUAGCACUGGUGUUGUAAAAAAGAAUCGAAGUGCACUUUCUUAUUAAUGGUAGCAAGGCAGGAAAUGAGCGAUCACAUGUAGGGGAAUGUGGAAGGCCGUGAGGGGAGAAUGUCAUCGGUGCUGCUGAAAAGCCUUGGCUUGAGAUUUCCCAAAUAGUCACACUAAAAGUAUCUUUGUUCUGUUAGUUUACAGUGGAAUGAAGGUGGGAUUAGUCAGGAGACGCUGUUGGAAAAGAGAAAGGACGUGCUAUUUUCAGCAAAUUCAGUUAUUAACAUGAGCGUUAAAGCAACAAAGGGUGAUUGUGUCUAAUGAGGUGCUGAGACUUGCAGAUCCUUUUUGGAAAAUUUCUUCUUUUUUCCCCCCCUGUUUUGGCGAGUGAGGCCACAAGGGGGCAGUUUUCCUCACCUCUACAUGUGUGGGGCAGAGAAAGAGAGGGCAGAGUGAUCACUUUACCUCCACCGUUCCCCUGGAGCCCAUUACCCAGAUGACAUUACUCAUGCUCAAACAGCAUUGUGUGGAGUAUUCUUGCUCAUCGAGCUACUUAAUGAUGUGGAAUCAUUUAAAACUAACAGUGUUUUCCGCGUUUGGUGGCUAAAUGAUAUGGAUUUUCACCACUGUGGUCUGUUAUGGGAUGACGGUUCCUCCCUCUGUGUGUGAGUGUGUGUUUGUGAGAGAGAUGUGAUGGAUUUUCAGACAGCUCACACAUAAUUAUACACCCACUUAUUUCAUCCCGGUCCCGGCGUUCAUUAGACUUUCUGAUAAAUUAUGAAAUUACAACAAUAAGAUCGCGCCCCGCCCAUGAUUGCACCUCAUCAAACCUCUCGUCAUUUAUCCUUUUAUCCACGCUCACCAAACGGCCUAUUUCAUUCACGCUAUGCCCACCUGAACAAUGCACCUUCUGCAAGGAUGACUCUCGCUCAGUCUGCCCACAUUUUCCCUGUUUUCUGUCCCUGCCUGUGUCUGACUCCGGCUCUGAUCCCUGCAUGGGCUCAAUUAAAACAGUUUCCCUGCCCUUCAGCUCGUAGGCUGUGGUGGCAGCUCUUUGCAUGUGAGGUGCCAGUGAGAGGUCUUCAUUAUGCACCUCUUAAGAAGACUUUAUUUGACUUGACAUGAUUUUAUUUUGAGGGGCCGAGCUUAAAAGAACUCCCCCCCCUCCCUCCUUACCCUCCCUCUUCCCAUAAUCCUCAACCAAAAAAGGGAGAGAAAUAUGUAGACCUUAUUUUCACUUGGCUGCAUGAGGCUCCUGCUGGGUUUUUUAACUCUUUGCGAGGCUGCUCGAACACACUGUACACGGCAGACAAACUGGGCUUAAAGCAGAGCGAUUUUUCAAGGGCUCGUACUCGUGUUAUUCCAGAGUGUCGGGAUUAUCUCCGAGAGGAUUUACCUCAGCUGUCGGAGUAUCUUAAAAAGUAGCUGCACUUACUGUAUUUCCAGCAAUAGCUCAGAUCACGAUCACAUGGACUUUAAUUUGAGACGUCCCCGGCCUCGGUGCUUAAAACCCGUCUACCCAUUAACCAACACCAUCAAUGAACUGAAUCAUCUGUCUUAACGUGUCAUUUAGAGUCAUUUUAUGGGUUCAGAUUUUGUUUUCAUUAAGACUUAAUUGGAGUUUCAUGUUUCUAGAAGCAAUUUGGGAUCAUUUGAAAAGGCAAAAGGAAAUAUUUACAGUAGUAGUUUUAUGAGAGUUACCUGAGAUGAUUGAAAUCACUGUGCUGUCUGUGUGCUGAAAAUGAGGCCUAGCUUAGCAUAAAGACUGGAAACAGGAAAACAGCUUGUCUAGCUCUGUCCAAUGGAAAAAAAAAAAAACUUGAUAUGAAACCAGCAUGUCAUUUUUACACAUUAAUUUUGUGUAUGAAUUAAACAAAUAUGAUCUAAUGUGCUAAUUAGUGAGCUUUGGAGGUGCAGACUGGCUGUUUUCCUGCAUGUUUCCAGCAAAGCUAAACAGCUUUGGGCCAUAGAAUGUGCUGAACAAUGGACAUAGCAUUCAGGUACAAAAAAUGACUAAAACCAGCCAGUAGGCGGUGAAGCCUGGUUGUAUAGAAGUCUAUCUGAAAAUCACCUACUUCUCAUUUGAUUUGUUACCUCAGUAGACAUUUUCCAAAUAAAUUUAUGGUCUCAGUCGCUUGAUUCAAGUCUCCUUCAAUACAGCAUGAUGUUAGUUUUUAAAAUUAUGCUCCCAUAUGGAAUAAAACAGACAAAGCAUAGUGUGUUUUAAGGCUAGACAAGCGGCACUAUUGUAUGGGUAUGCAUAGUGUCAUUGAGUUUUCAUUCAGAUCUACCCCUCACUCGUCAUGAAAUUCCGGAUUCCAUAAAACCAAUGGAGAUCACUACGUCCGUCUUUUAUAUAGAGUCUCACCUGUAGCUUCAUAGUUACUAUACAGAAAUUGCUGAACGUUUUCUUUAGGUAGGAAAAAAAUCAUGUCAGUUUUAAAUUUUUACAUCAGUUUGGUGAUGUAAUCCAUUUUGCUAAUUAGUGAUCCUUUGAGGUGCUGGUAGGUUUGGACGUUCCUUUUUCCAGCUAAAUUAACCUGCCCUCAUCUAUAGACUGUAUAACAGAUGGACGUAGCCUUUGGGUGACUUGCAUGUUUUUUAACAGCCAGCAGGGGGCAUUUUCUCUGGUUGCAAAAGGAGAAAAUUAAUCUAUUUCUCAUGUGUUACCUCAGUGUUAGGGCUGCAACUAAUGAUUGUUUUCUCUUUCAAUCUAUUUUCUCAAUCGACUCAAUGUUUGGUUGAUAAAAUAUCAGAAAAUGGUGAAAAUUUGUGUCUUAAAAUGUCUUGUUCUGACCACAACCCAAAAAUAUUUAGUUUAUUUUGUAGACCUAAAUAUCAAAUAGUCAAUUAAUUGUUGCAGCUCCACUUGGUAAACAUUGUACUGAUGAAUUUAAAGACUCAGUCGCUAGUUUCAAGCAUUAUUUUGCCGGUUAUGAUUCCAUUUAGAGUAAAAUAAACAAUAAAACGUUAUGUUUCGGAGCAGGACUACCGUGUCCACAAGCUUUCCAUCCAAUCUAGCCAUCCGGUUGUAAAAAACAGUGACGUUGAAGGCAAAACAUCACGGUUGCAACGUCCAUCUUUUACAUACAGUCCAUGCUCUUAGCUGUAGCUUCUUAUUUACCACACAGACAUGACAAAUAAUGAAAAUGUAAAUUAAUAAGUUCACUUCUGCCGCCACCGCCGCCCACCAUCACCAGAUAACCUCCACUUCACCUCGACUUGUAUUCAUGAUGGGUUUGGAUGAUUUUAUGGGUUUGUUGAUAUCUUCUGUGGUUAUCAAAGCAUCUCCACUUUUUUAUUUCUACUAAUAUCCUCAUAUCAGCCACAUCCAGACCCCCGCCGUCCAUUGUUACGCACCUGCCCUGCCCUGCCCUGCCCUGCCCUGCCCUGCCCUGCCCUGCCCUGCCCUGCCCUGCCCUGCCCUGCCCUGCCCUGCCCUCAGAUCAACCCUACCGAGCGCCUCACCAACAGUUCAUGGCGUGGUUUCGCUUCAUGCUGCACCAGCUGACCAUAAUCCCACGCAGUAACACUUGAACAUGUACAACCCAUGCUGUUGUUUUUAUUUCUAGAUUUUAAAAGAAAGCCCUAUUUUAAGUCACUUGUGGAUCAAGCAAGUCAGGUCAAAGCAUUGCAACGUCUAGCAUCUCCCCUGUCUGUGAAUGUGUAACGGAGACAGAUACUUGCCUUACCUUUUAUGCAGGACUGAAUGAUUAGCUGGAGAGGGAGUUAAGUGGGAGGAAGAGAAAGCAGCAGAGAGGAUGAGACAUAAAAAGACGGCAACAAGAAUGCUGAACUGAAAGCACAUUUCUCUGAACCGACUGCAGCAACAACAACAGGAAGAGCGACACUAAGCGCGACACACAGUAGCUAACGAGAGACUCCGUAGUGCCAGAAAUGAAGCGGUGCAUGGCUAAUGAUUGAAGCAGACUGGGAAGGAGCUGCGCUGGUUGUUUUGCAGCUUAUAUUACUCUUAAUUUUGAUGAAAGAAGGCGGCUGCAGCGCCGUGACCAAUGGAAUUACACAAAACAUAUUACAGACUGCGAGCGUCGGUUUUAUUACUGUUUCAGGGUGCCGAGAAGUAAUUUCCCUUAAAGCUCAUUGAUUCGCGUUGAAAUAAUUAUGUUUAAUCACUGAGACAGACGGAACACGUGAAGCUGAAUAGGUUUAAAGUCACCUUUUCUUCCCGCAGGCUACAAGUAUCUAUUAGCCAGCGAUAUUCAUUCAAGAGUUUUUGCAUGUACUGUAUUUAGCUUUACAGCCUUUCAUUUUUGUCACACCAGGGUUUGGACUUUCAAAUCUUUUUCUUUUUUUUUCUUUUCCGAGAGGUGGUUAAGAAACAGUGUGAGUGACCACAUGCUAAGGUUUUCAUGUGGUUUAGUGGAAGCAGGCAGGAACUUUACAGUGCAUGUAAAAUGGCUAUGUUGGGAUACUUUGCCAUCCUGGCGUCUGGAUUCUCAUCGAGACACUGCAGUGUUACGCUAGCCAUCCACACCCAGACGUUUUCUUAGGAACCAAAGUUAAAAAUUUCUGUUCUCAUGAUGAAAUAUUGAUGUUGUUCCAUGUAUGUGCCUUGAGGUUGAACUUACAAUGUAAAGUCCUUGAAACCUUUAAAUGUUUUUGCACAAACUGUAAAUACUUAAGUGAAGCUUUUUGAAAAUAAAAGAGCCAUUGGAUUUGA